GUCUGUUUGUUUUGUGCUUUAAAUAGUUUAGUCACUUUACUAAAAAAUAUUGACUUUACUCUAAUUGUACUUAAUACUUUGUGCACUUUUAUUACUUUCCCAUAAUUAUCAGAAUAGAAAACAUGCAACAAAAUGGUAUUGAUAAAUCGGGACAGCAGCAUGAAGAAUCACAGUAUUUAAACCUUGUAAAGACUAUUAUCGAGACAGGCGACAAAAGAGUUGAUAGAACUGGGGUUGGUACUCUAUCUAUACUCGGAGCUAUGCAGAGAUAUACUCUACGUAACAAUGUAUUGCCUCUCUUGACCACCAAACGUGUUUUUGUGAGAGGAGUAAUCGAAGAGCUGCUGUGGAUGAUAUCUGGAUCUACUAAUAGCAAAGUUUUAGCCGGCAAGGGUGUACAUAUUUGGGAUGCCAAUGGAUCCAGGGCAUUUCUUGAUAAUUUGGGAUUUACAGAACGUGAAGAAGGUGAUCUUGGACCUGUGUAUGGGUUUCAAUGGAGGCACAGUGGAGCUCAAUACAUAGAUUCAAAGACUGACUACACAGGACAAGGCAUUGAUCAGCUACAAAAUGUUAUUAACAGUAUCAAGAACAAUCCCAGUGACAGAAGGAUGUUGAUGUGCGCUUGGAAUCCAUCAGAUCUGAGCAAAAUGGCCCUCCCACCAUGCCACUGUCUAGCACAGUUUCAUGUAGCUAAUGGCAGACUCUCGUGUUUGCUGUACCAACGGAGCGCUGAUAUGGGUCUAGGAGUCCCAUUCAACAUUGCAAGUUAUGCUUUGUUGACACAUAUGAUUGCACACAUUACUCAGUUAGAGGCUGGUGAGUUUGUACAUACUACAGGAGAUACUCAUGUUUAUCUCAAUCAUAUUGAACCAUUGAAAAAGCAAUUAGAGAGAGAGCCGAGGCCGUUUCCAACUUUAGAAUUUGCUCGCAAAAUUCACUCCAUUGAUGACUUCAAGUAUGAAGAUUUUAUUAUUAAAAAUUAUAAUCCUUACCCAAAGAUUGAUAUGGAAAUGGCUGUAUAAUUUACCAAAACUUUUUAUGGAACUCUGUAUCUGUUACGCUAGACAAAAAUGCAAAGCAAGGGUAAUAACACAAGUAGCCUAUAAAAGGCUACUUGACACUUUUUUUAAAUGGUCUUAUAUAGUUCAUUAUCAUUCUACUAGACUAAAAAAAAUUUUUCACAUUUUUUUUGAGACAUGAUUGCAUGAAAAUUAGUUUUUAAAUGUUUUUGACAAUACGACUCAAAACGCCUGUUGUGUACAAAAAAAUGACAGUCUAUAUUUCAACUGUUUCAUGACGUCACUACAUUAAAUCCCAUACAAAUGGAGUAUUUGACAGUAAUAUUAAUUAACAAUUAGUUUGACGUUUAGUACAUCAAGGGUGGUAGUGACGUCACAAAAUGGACAGCGUUUUUGACGUUAGGAUAAUUAGAAAAAAUACAUGAUAAUCCAAUUAAGUUUUAAAAGGAAUCCUUAACUUUAAUUAAAGGACCCUUAUUCUGUGUACUACACUAAAUUAAUAUUGUUUAUAUUUAAUUUGAUAUGAGUCAACUACCCUAUUACCAUCACUCAUCUAAAGAAGUAAGCCUUAUUAACACCAAGGAGCUGGUCUAUAGCAAACGUAGAUUUGAUCCCUGCUAUAUUAUUAUUUAAUAGUAGGCAUAUACCCUGUCGUCCAUUUUGUGAUGUCACAAUGUUACUUGGAAUAAACGUCACCUUAUUAACUAAUAAUUUUUUCAAACAAUCCAUUUGAGGGUUUAUUGUGUUUAUAUGAUGUAAUUAAAAUAGUUAAAAUAUAGACCAUCAUGGGAGACAACGUUUUGGCUCAUGUUGUCAAAAAAUAUUUAAAAAUUCAUGUCUCGAAAAAAAAUGCUUUUCUUUAUUAAUCUAGUAAUGCUAAUGACACAGUUUAAGACCCUUUUAAAAAAGUGUCAACUAGCCUAUUAUUUCUUAGCACAUACUUUAAUAUUUCGUCCAUGUAAAUUGAAUAGCCAAAAAAAUAUAUUGAAAUUUUUCAUUAUUCAAUUAUUUUUGUAAAUAAUAAAUGAAAUAUGUUUGUAUUAAAAAUGUUGAUGUAUUGUCAGUCUCAGAGCUCCUGUAGUAUACUUAGACUUAAGAGAACCAAACAGUAUCUAGUUAUUUUUGUAAGUGAAAGUAUUGAAUUAUUUUUAUUUGAAUUAAAAUUAUUCCAAAUAAAUAAAA